AUGCAGAAGAAGCAAUUAACAAUGCAGAAGAAGCAAUUGAGAAUGCAGAAGAUCGAAGCAAUUGAGAUUGCAGAAGAAGCAAUUGAGACUGCAGAAGAACCAAUUGAGACUGCAGAAUAUCAAGCGGUUCCUGGCAAAUCAAUUGACUCAAAUUCAGAACAAACAACCAAAUCAAAUGCAACUGAAGAUACAAAUCCAAUUCAUGCUUCUGGUUUAGAUCUUAGAGGUUCAUUUUUUGGUGUGGUAAGAGAAACUUUUAAAGAAAUUUUGGAAUUGUAUGAAAAACAUGCUGCUAUACUGGGGUUUUCAAUACGAAAACAUACAACUAGAUACCAGACGCACACAAAAAUAGUAACUGAGAAAAAUUAUGCGUGUUCUGCUGAAGGAAAGAGAAAUUCAGGUUUCAAGAAAACAAAGUUAGUUGAAAUGGUUAAUGAAGAGGAUGUGAAAGUGAAAACAAGAAAGCCAAGACAAGUAGCCAUUACAAGAUUAAAUUGCAAGGCAUGCAUAAGAGCAAAAGUGAAUAAAGAAGGAAAGUUUGAGGUAGUGGCUCAUGUUAUUCAGCAUAACCAUGAGCUAACAAGGUCACAGUGGCAUUAUUUGCAUCGUUCUGAAAGAAAAAUGACAGAAGAAAAAGCUGAAGCAAUAAAAACAAAGAAAUCUUCAGGUCUAACUACAAUGGACACUUACAAUUACAUGGCUACAGAGGCUGGAGGAGAACAGAAUAUAGGUCAUAGUGUUGUAGAUCAUCUGAAUUUUUGCUCAAGGAUAAGAAUGAAACAAUUUGAGGCUGGAGAUUGUAGACACUCAUUUGUUUCUCUCCAAAACCAAACCUAG